UAAAGGCAAGGCGAUAGCCAAAACCAAAGCAAAUGCCAAGAGAGAUUGGGAUUUGACAGAUUCCCUCACUCCCUCCCUCAUUGCUGCAUCUUUAAGCAAGAAAGAAGGCUGCAGUUGGAACUUGGAAGAAGCCCAGACUUGGGGCCAGCAGGGGAUCAAAGAACUCCUGCUGGGGGAAGCCUCUGGUUCUUCCUCACAUUUCUGAAUUUUUGCUCUGUUUCUUAGGAGCCGGCGUAGCUCUGAAUGCCAGCUCAGAAAGACUAGGAAGCAGAGUUGAGCCAAAUUUGCUCGCCAGAUUGCCUGGAAACGAACAAAAGGCGCCGCUUUGCGCUCUUGGAUCGGAGGAAUCUUCAAGAAAUCGAUAAAAGCAGCGACAGCGCCGCCGGCGAUGGCAGCGGAGGAGCUCCUGAGGAAGAUGCGGGAGCUGGAGGAGGGCCAGGCCGAGCUCAAGCGGGAGAUUUCCAAGCUCGUGCCGGAGCGGCAGGGCGAGCAUCCCAACUCGUCGCGCCGCCCGCUGCAGCCGUCGCCGGCGCGGCGCGCCCUCGCCGUGCUCCCUUCCUCGUCGUCGCGGCUGCAGCGCGUGGGCCGCGUCGGGCUCACCGACAGGCAGCACAUCAGGGCCCUGCACGCGCUGGGCCAGUCCGUGUAUAUCAUUGCCCCCGGCGGGAAGCUCCUGUACUGGAACCGUUAUGCCGAGCAGAUGUUUGGCUAUUCUGCAUCAGAAGCGGUUGGUCAUGAUGCUGUUGAAUUAUUGGUUCAUCCUGAUGAUGUCAAUGCAGCAAACAAUAUCAUCCAAAAUAUAUUUUUGGGGAAAUGUUGGAGAGGGAAGUUUCCUGUUAAAAAGAAGUCAGGAGAACGGUUUUUCAUUGUGGCCAAUAACACUCCUUUGUAUGAUGAUGAUGGUAGCUUGGUGGGCCUCAUUUGUCUCUCAGUUGAUACACAGACAUUGGAGGACAUAAUGGGCCCUUCAACUUCAAUGAAAUCGUAUUCACAUCCAGCAAAGCUCCGUUUUCAAGUCAACAAUCGGCCUAAAUGCAGUUUGUUAAACAAAAGUUCUGUUGACUCUCAGCAACCUCUCCAAUCUUCUAUCGCCUCCAAGAUAACAACUUUGGCUACCAAGGUUACAAGUAGAGUUCGUUCUCGGAUCAAGACAGGUCAGAACUGCAAUGAACAGCAAAGCGGCAGCUCUGAGAGUCAAUACUCUGAAGAUGAUUACAAGGAAGAACUGGCGUCUAGUGGAACAGACACCCCAAGAGGGGAUGUAGUGCAUGAUGGUUUUGUUAAAGGAGAGAAUUCCCCUGGUAAGUCGAGCAAAACGAGUAGUGAUGAGCCAGGAGAAGGAAAUGAAAGGCUUUACAAGAUUACUUCAAAGGCAGAGGAAUUAUUGGCCAAGAAGGGGAUAUCAUGGCCUUGGAAAGGGCAUGAACAUAAUGGUACUGGCAAGAGUUACAUGAACCCAUCACAGUUUCAUGAUAAGCAAGAGAAUGAGCAGAUGCAUCAGGCCGGUCCAGAGUCAAUUGUAAUUCCAGAUUACCAAGAUUCUGAGUGUGCCCAGGAAAGCAAAUAUGAAGUAACAGGUUCCUGGUGGUGUUUCAAUAACGACAGCUUGAGUAGUAUGGACAGCAGUAUAAGUACUAAUAGCAGUGCUAUUGAAAGAGUAGACCAUGAAGCAGAUUGCCUAGAUUAUGAGAUUCUGUGGGAAGACCUUGUACUUGGAGAACAAGUAGGUCAUGGUUCUUGCGGAACAGUAUAUCAUGCUCAGUGGUAUGCCUCGGAUGUGGCGGUUAAAGUAUUCUCCAAGCAAGAGUAUUCAGAAGAAAUGAUAGAUACCUUCAGACAAGAGGUAUCACUGAUGAAGAAACUACGCCAUCCAAAUAUUAUACUCUUCAUGGGUGCAGUUGCAUCUCCAGAACGACUUUGUAUAGUUACGGAAUUUCUUCCACGAGGGAGUCUGUUCCGCUUACUUCAAAAGAACACCGGAAAGCUGGACCCAAGACGUCGAGUUCACAUGGCUAUAGAUAUUGCAAGGGGCAUGAAUUAUCUUCACCACUGUAGCCCUCCUAUUGUUCACCGCGAUUUAAAAUCGUCAAAUUUGUUGGUUGACAAGAACUGGACUGUAAAGGUUGCAGACUUUGGUCUUUCUCGUCUGAAGCUCGAAACAUUUUUGCGAACAAAAACUGGGAAAGGAACGCCACAAUGGAUGGCUCCGGAGGUGUUACGUAAUGAACCUUCAGAUGAAAAGUCUGAUGUAUACAGUUACGGCGUUGUUCUGUGGGAACUUGUUACACAGAAGAUACCCUGGGAUAAUCUCAAUACGAUGCAGGUUAUUGGAGCUGUCGGUUUCAUGGAUCAGAGGUUGGACAUUCCAAGCGAUACAGAUCCUCAGUGGGCAUCAAUGAUCGAGAGUUGUUGGGAUAGCGACCCACGGAAGCGCCCUUCAUUCCUAGAGCUCCUAGACAGGCUUAGGGAUCUGCAGAAGCAGUACAGCCUGCAGGCUCAGAUGCAACGCGCGUCUGCGGAUGCUCUGCUGAAAGGUGGUGCAAAGAUGAGAGCUGAAGAUUGCUAGCUCCAAAUCGAAUGGCACAUGGCAGUGGACAUUGUCGACAACCACAGAGCAAACAUGGUGGUUCAUUCAUUAACAGCGUAGCACGCCAAUCUGGAAGGCAAGCUUCGUGCAUCUUCCUCGGCCGCUCCUGGAAGAGGGGCUAAGCUCAGAGUUGGAGGUUGUACCAGGAAAGUGGUGCAUCCCUUCCCCGGUCUCAAGGCCUGAAGUUUCAAAAUGUAGAAAUCUUGGGCCAAGGCCACACUGCGGCUGAAAUGAGAAUGGCAGUGGUUUGUGGCACUGUUUUUUGUAUUACGCCCAAUUCGUCAAGGCAAAAAAAUAGGGAGUUAUUCAUAAGUUGGAUAGUCGGUUUUGAUAACAUUGUUGUGUGCAUAACCUAUAAAUAUAAUAAUAAAAAUAGCAAACUAACCUAAA